GGGGCCGCGAGAGGAGGCUCGGCGCGGCGCCGAGGGAGGAGGGCGGCGCGCGUCCAGCCCAGAGCUUCAAAACCGCGCGGCCGCCUCCCCUCGCGCCCAGCCCGCGCGUCCGUCCAGCCGCCAGCGCCGCCGCCAGCGUCCGCGCACCCUGCUUGGGCUUCKCCGUGACCCUUGGCCGCCCGCCUGCCCUGCUCGGCCACCAUGCUGGUGCUCCUUGCCUUCAUCAUCAUCUUCCACAUCACCUCCGCAGCCCUGCUGUUUGUGGCCACCAUCGACAACGCCUGGUGGGUGGGAGAGGAUUUCUAUGCCGACGUCUGGAGAGUGUGCACAAAUGGCACCAACUGUACGGAAAUCGGUGACCACUUUGAAGGCUACGCCACGCUGCAGGCGGUGCAGGCCGCCAUGAUCCUGUCCACCACCCUCUGCUGCAUCGCCUUCYUCAUCUUCCUGCUCCAGCUCUUCCGCCUCAAGCAGGGAGCGAGGUUCGUGCUGACCUCCAUCAUCCAGCUGCUGUCGUGUCUGUGUGUGAUGAUCGCGGCGGCCAUCUACACAGACCGGCACCAGGACCUCCACGACAGCAACCCGCAUUACUACUCCCUGACGUCGGAGGGCAGGUACGGCUACGCCUUCAUCCUGGCCUGGGUGGCCUUCGCCUUCACCUUCAUCAGCGGCAUCAUGUACCUGAUUCUGAGGAAGCGCAAGUAGCCCCAGGCGCCCGCACCCUCCCUGCACCUCAGAGUCCACACUCAGAUAACCGUUUUGUAGAUAAUCGUUUUUUUGUGGUUUUUCUAGCAAACAUAUUGUUUCCUUUAAAAGCCAAAAAAAGAAAAAAAAAAAGAGAGAGAGAGAGAGAGGGAGAGAGAGAGAAGCGUUUUUGCAUUCUUGGGAUGAGAGAGGAGACUGGCAUUCCGACUGGCAUUCAGAACUGCUGCCCACCCAAAAGCCCGAGCAAGACAAAGGCCCAUCCAGCUGCGGGGACCAGGAAAGGUGGCGGGUGCUUCUGAAGCGGGGCAGGGAGGGGUGUCGUGAGGGAGGAGGCAGCCUCCUCAGCUUCCUCCCAAAAGGGCCAGGCGGGGGGCGACCUUAACGUUGAGCCCGAGCCCCCGGUUCUGUCUGUGGUGAGCCGCCCCCGCCUCCUGGAGCAGGCUGGGCCGCAGCCCAGAGCUGCUGACAGCGUCUCUGCUUGCCUCAGGGACAGGGGUCCGGAACUGGGUGUCAGAUUAAGGCAAAGAAUCGCUGCAGAAAGUUCCUUAGGGCAUCUUCAAAUGCAGACUGGGGACGCCCCAGCCCGGCAGAGCCAGCGUCCAGCAGACGGCCUGCCAGCUGCAUUUCUAGUGGGCUCCAGAGCCGGGUGGCAGAGCCUCUUGGACGUGUCAGUGGCCUGGUCAUGUCAGAUGGCCCCACCGAGGCCAGACCUCAGCCCCCGGCCCCUCUUGGUUCUCACCCUGGGCCACGGAGCUCCUCUCCCAGCCCCAACACCUCUAGAGGCUGUGCAGCCUCUUCCCCAGCCUCCCUUCCUGUCCUGCAUUCUGAGGCUGGCGAGCCUCCCCGACCCCUGCCUGGAGCUCAGAGGACCCGCCACUGUUGGGUCCUUCAUUCAUGCGUUCGUCCACAUAAGUGACAGCACGCUUGGCACGCGGCAGGCGCAGGGGACUCACAGGGUCGUCAUCUGGUGGAGCCGGUUACAGGCCGUGACGGAGCGGCAGACGACUGAGGAGCUCGGUGCCCACCUGUCCUGACAGCCCCGGGCGGUCAGCUCCCUCUGAACAUAGCGCCCCUUGACUCCGACACGUGGGGCUCUGCCCAGUACCUGUCUGCGUUGUGGCCGGAGGACUCUUCCAUGGAGGGUCGGGGUCCCCAGCCAGCAAGGGGCGCAUCCCCCAGGGCCAUAGUCCCCAGGCUUCCAGGGCAGGGGGCGGGGAGUGAGCCCUCCUGGUGAUUCCGAGCGCGUCCUGGGGUCGUCAUGGAGCACGUCCCAGGCAGGAGCCCAACCUCGUACCUCAGCCUCCUCCUCCUCUUGUGUUUGAGCACCCCCCCCCCCGGGAGGUGACCCUGGGGUGGCCUAGGGGAUCGAGGGCUGUUUAAAUACCUUGGCCCUGACCGGGUGGUCUGCCAUCAGCCCAGCGGAGGUGGAGCCGGGGAGACGUCCCGAGUGAGCACCUUCAGGGUCACCCAGGUCCCUUCUGUGCAGAGCAGCGUCUCCACUCAUUCGCGGGUUUCCACAGUUGGACUAAGUGCUUCCUGUGUUCCAGGCCCGGGGGGCUCCCGGGUGGAGUUUGCCGUCUCUGAAGCAGGACCCACUCUCUGUGGAGGGGUCACCGUCAGCCAGUGCCACGGGCCAGAGACAGGACGAUGUCCCCUGCUGACCCCACGGAAAAGGGUCACCAGGCUCACCGUGGGCAAGGACGCGAGCCGCACCCCUGGGGGCGGCAGGAUGCUGGAGGAGGAGGCUGGGUCUGGGCGCCCUCCCCUAGGCUUCCUCCCCAGGUGGCUUUUCUAGAACUUUCUGAUAUUCACAACAUAAAGAAUCAGAAUUCCUUAGAASCAGAGCUGUAGAAGGCCCAACCCCCAUGCAAGGCAUGAAUCCCCCCACAAAAUAACUCUGGGGCCACAGAGUGCCUGUCACCCCUGAUCUGGAGCAGCCCGGGGUCUCUGUGACACGACUGUGGUGAGGCGUGUGGGAAGUCGGGAGGGUGCGGGCGGCUGCCCCUYGUCCUCCCGCAGGUAGACAAACCCACCUGGUGCUCCUCGUCAUUGGCUCAGAACCACCACCAAAUUAGCUGGACAUCCAAGAAGCAAAUAYCAGGACCAAAUCUGCUCCUGUGUUGGAAGGAAUGUAGUCUGCGCAUCUUAUGACGUUUUUAUAAAGUACUGUAAUUCUUUCAUGGGGGGCACGUGAUGGGGACAGACUAACUUGUUUUGUUAUUUGCAUUAAAAUUAUUUUGGGUCUCUGUUCAAA